AUGCCCUUCAUCGGCAUUCAGGAAAGCAGCACCUGGUCGGUGGCCUUGACGGCAAACAUGAACACUCGAGCCACCGGACUUCCAAAAACGUCAGCAUUUUAUUGCCCCCAGCCAGUCUAUAACCCAACAUGCAUAUCAGAUCCAACAGCAUCACUACACCUUCCACAUCACAAUGCCCAUCAGAAUUCAAGAGAGCAGCACGUGGUAGGUGGCCUUGACGGCAAACACAAACACUUGAGCCACCAGAUUUCCCAAAACGUCAUAUUUCUAAUGCCCUCAGUCGGUCUGGGUGAUUCCGGAACCCCGACAUGUAUUUCAAAUCCAACAGCAUCGGUAUACCUUCCACGUCGCAAUCCCCAUCAGGAUUCACGAGAGCAGCACGUGGCAGGUGGCCUUGACGGCAAACGCAAACACUCGGAACCGAGCCGAGUCGUACUAUUACCGGCUCGGCAACACAUCUGCCACGAGCAAAAGACGGUCCAUCCGUGUAUAAAAGGUCGAGUGUCUCCUCAGAUACUUGACCCUAUCCUCAUCCGCUCACACACUAAUACCAAGUCUCUCAAGAAGAUCAAAACAUCAGACCUUGUUUUCAACAUGUACUCCAUCUGCAAAGCUGUCGCCGCCGCCGUCCUGGCCUUCUCUCUCGCUGCCACGGCCGCUCCCGCCGCUGGAGAAGAGCACAUGAACCAUCUCGCGGCUCGCAACGCCGGCGACUUCACCUACUACUACACUGGCCUCGGCGCCUGCGGCGAGACCAACAACGACAGCCAGAUGGUUGCCGCCGUGGGCCACGACCUGUUCGACCGCUCUCGUCCUUGCGGCCGGAUGAUCCGCGCCCACUACGGGGGCAAUUCUGCCGAUGUCAAGGUUGUUGACCGCUGCGGUGGCUGCAACGACGACUCGUUGGACUUGUCCCCUGCCGCUUUUCAGCAGCUUGUCGGCAGCCUCGGACCGGGUCGCGUCCAGGGCACCUGGGAGUUUAUCUAA